GUGAGCUACAUGGAGAUCUACUGCGAGCGUGUACGUGACUUGCUGGCCCCGCGUGCCCGCGGGAACCUUCGAGUCCGUGAGCACCCCCUGCUGGGGCCCUACGUGGAGGACCUGGCCAAGCUGGCCGUCGCCUCCUACAGCGACAUCGCACAUCUCAUCGACUCGGGCAACAAGGCGCGGACGGUGGCUGCCACCAACAUGAACGAGACAAGUUCACGCUCCCACGCGGUCUUCACCAUCGUGUUCACACAGCGGCGUCAGGCAGACGCUGCGGACAUGGGCACGCUCACUGAGAAGGUCAGCAAGGUGAGCCUCGUGGACCUGGCGGGCAGUGAGCGAGCCGACUCCACAGGCGCCAAGGGCACGCGGCUCAAGGAGGGAGCCAACAUCAACAAGUCGCUCACCACGCUGGGCAAAGUGAUCUCUGCCCUGGCGGACGUGGACGCAUUUCCACCUGGCAAGCAGCAGGGCAAGAAGAAGCGAAAGAGUGACUUCAUCCCCUACCGAGACUCGGUUCUCACGUGGCUCUUGCGCGAGAAUCUGGGUGGAAACUCCCGCACGGCGAUGGUGGCCGCUCUCAGUCCAGCCGACAUCAACUACGAUGAGACGCUGGGCACCCUGAGGUAUGCCGACAGGGCCAAGCAGAUAAAGUGUAACGCCGUGGUGAACGAGGACCCCAACGCUCGACUCAUCCGGGAGCUCAAGGAGGAGGUCUCUCGCCUCAAGCUGCUGCUACGCUCACAGGGCCUGGGGGACGUCGUGGACAAUAUCAAGGACCUUGAGAACAACAACUUCCGGCAGCUCCACGGGCCUGGGCAGGGCGACCAGCCGGCCCCCGCGGGGUCUUCGUCCGGGGCCGCCGCUACCUCCGUCUCCCGGCUUCACGAGCGGAUCCUGGCCACGCCGGGCGGGGAGGAGGCCAUCGAGAGGCUCAAGGAAUCGGAAAAAAUCAUCGCUGAGCUCAACGAGACGUGGGAGGAGAAACUCCGUAAGACGGAGUCCAUCCGCACUGAGAGGGAGGCGCUGCUGGCCGAGAUGGGCGUCGCCAUCCGGGAGGACGGAGGGACCCUGGGAGUGUUUACACCCAAGAAGACUCCCCACCUGGUCAACCUGAACGAGGAUCCUCUCAUGUCAGAGUGUCUCCUCUACUACAUCAAGGGUGGCCUCACCAGGGUGGGGCGUGGUGAUGCCACGGUGCGCCAGGACAUCGUGCUGAGUGGACAGCACAUCCUGGAGGAGCACUGUCUCUUCCACAGCCUCACACUGGCACAUGGCACGG